GGUCACACUAAUCGCGAUUGAACGAACGUCGUGAAAAAUACGUUUAAUUAUUAAGUUAAGUGCGACAAAUAAAAAAAUAAUUAAAUCGGUAUAAAUACGUCGUUUUGUGGUGUUUGAGCGAUUCUUUUGAGUGCGGGAACCAAACACAACAAAAGAUAACGAAAAAUCUAGCCAAAAAAUCGGAAAAGGCCCUCUGUGAAAGCAAUACAAAUUUUAUUUAAACCGCAAGUGAAUGCCACAAAACAAACAAAAGAUCGAGGCAACAAAGGAACAUCAGCGCUCGUGAUAGGAAUUUCAAUUAUUUUGUCUCCAGCUGUGACAGAUGAUGGCCUAAAAUGGCGGCCACACCACCAAUGCCGCCCGGAUCCAGCUCUGACCAACUGAAUGGCAGCCACCCCGAGGCGAAGAUCAAGGCAAUCGGCCAGGGUCACAACCACAUAACCGAGGCGAUCAACCAGCACUUUCAGCGAAAGAACCAACUUCAGGAGGCACACUCGGAGCCCAACCACAGCAAUCCAGGGAGCCGCAGGGGCAGCUAUGAGCAGCUGGAGCUGCUGGAGCAACCAGAGCAGUCGGAGUCCAGUGCGGGUGGCACGGCCAAGGCGAGCUGCCAUUGCACCAACAUUAGUAUUAUGCACCUGUUCCAUGAGAUGAAGCAGGAGUUCCCAACGAUACCCGAUGCCAUAGUGACGCAAUGCGUCAAUGAGAAUUGCCACCAACGCGACAAUUGCAUCCAAAUGUUGAGGAAGGAGUUCGCCCUGCAAGCAGUCCAGAGCUAUCCCUCCAAGGUGUUGCAGCAGCAGCAGCAGCAGAACCGGCGGCCCACAAAGCCACCCACGCCCCUCAAACCGUUGCGGGCAGCCCCUGCCCAGCCGGAGAUAACCCAGAGCAAUGGGGCAACUACUGGUUCCAGUUCCACUCCCCGACCUGUUCGGCCCACCACGCUUAACCUACAGCGUCCGGGCAACACCCAGUUGCAGAUGAAGAUCCAGCAACGCCAGCAGCGGCAGCAGCGCGAUCCCCACCAGCAACAGCUGACGCCCACGUCCCUGAGCAAGCCGCUGCGAAGGGCGCCGCCCCUGCCGCCCAAGCCGGGCAGCUUUUCCAACGAUUCCUCGUGCCUAACCAGCCCGAUGAGCUCCAGUGAAUCGGAGCUCUCGCUCAACGCGGUCUCAUUAUCGUCACCGACGUCGGCAGCGCCAUCGGCAGCGGCCAGAACAGCUGGAACAACAGCCGGGGCGGCGAUAGUGCAGCCCCAACAGCCCUCUCCGGUUCGACAUCGUUCAGUCAUUACGCUCCAGCCAGAGCCGCCGUACGCGCGCGAAUUUCUGACGACCCAGCCGCCGGCAUCGACGCCGCCGUUUCCAAGCUCUCCCAGCUCAGCGGCCUCCCCGGGUCGCAAGAGCUUCACCUCGCUUAACCUCACCCUACGCCAGCCGGCAACAGGCGGCGGAGCCCAGGCGGCGAUCGACAUUACCGCGGGACCGGCGCCCAGUGGCCAGGGCAGCGGCAUCACCUACUCGAGUGUCAGCUUCGAUGCCCGAAAGGGCACCCACAAAAAUUUUCAGCUGACGGUCACGGACGAGGGCAGCGUCUUCAGUGCCGGGUGUAUACGUCCGCGAGUUCCGUGCGCUGGCUGUGAUCCAGCCGCAGUUGCUCCUCCGACGAGUCACCAGCCCCAGCCGCCGCCGUUGCCAGCGGUGGUCGCCGAUGGAGUGGGCCAGGAGCAGGGAGCCAUGACGCCGGACGUGUUCCCCUAUCCCACUCAGGAGCAGAAUCAUAUAGUGGCCUCCAACUACAGUAACAACCAUGGGGUGAACAACAAUAGUGGCAACAGCACCAGCAGCAGCCCCGUCAGCAGUCCCACUGUGCCGCUCUACGCAGGAGUGCUGGAGGAAGCCCAUGCCACGACCAUCGAGCGGCAAAAGAAGCGUCGCGACAAGCUGGCGAACGCGCUGCGGGACAACAGGAAACGGCUGCUGGUCCUCGAGCAGGAGAUCAACAUCCUGACCGAGCCGGUUCCCGUCGGCGAAUCUGAAAGACUGGAUAAAGAUAUCAAGAAACUGACUGAGGACUGCCAGCGGCUAUUGAACCUCAUAAAUGAACCGCAGGCGAAUGGCUCGGGCCAGGCACCCAAUUCCAUGAAUCGCCAGCAUUCGGCGCCAGCCGGCAACGCUCCCCAGCAGCAUCAGAAUCAACCACAGCCAUUCCCACGCCAGCGUCAAGGCGGUCGCUCCCAAGUACCGCCCACUACACUGAACUUGCACUCAGUGCCGACACCAAGCAACUUGCAGCCGAAUCAGGACUUCUUGCAUCAGCACCGCAGUGCUCCCAGCUCCGCCUGCCUGACGCCCCAGCAGCAGCUGCAGCAGUUCCAGGAGCCACCACCCACAUACGCUCAAUACCACCAGUUUCAACAGUACCUGCAGCAGCAGCGCCAGCAGCAACUCCAACAGUUGCAGCUACAGCAGCAGCAGCAAUUACAGCAACAACAGUUGCAACAACGGUUGCAGCAACAACAGCGCCCCGGCAACGCAGAGGAGGAGGACUACCUGACCGAUUCCGAUGUCGACGAGGACGAAGAGCCACUGGACAUGUGGGCCUGCAACAUGUGUACAUUCCGCAACCAUCCGCAACUUAAUAUUUGCGAGGCCUGUGAGAACGUUAGGAUCCAGCCGGCCCCAGUGCUGAGUCGUGAAGAUAUACACAUAACUCUCUCACCAGGCGAAAAUCGCAUUAUACACUCCUGGAUACUUUCAUGACAGUCGGCCAAACGCUCAACAUGAGAACCUAGACUACUCCAGAGAUAUUCAUAAUCUUAAAUUCAA